AUUGAUGUUGAUGGAGAGUAUUAGGGAUUGAACAAUGUCGUAGUGAUUUUUUUAUUAAAAAAGUAUUUGAUCCAUUAAGUGACAAGCGGUAUGGGUGAUUCCAUAGAGAGCACGGCUUCUCAGCCGUCGUCUGUACCACCGUCUGUAACAUCUGAAUUAGCCGAUGUUAGUCAAUUCAUAAAAUAUAUUAAAAGGGUGGUGCCAGUAUUACUAGAGGACGAUGAUGAAGUUCAUCCAGCUUUAGUAACAGCUCUUUCUGAUAAAAAUAACUUAGAAAUUCUUAAGAAGUUCAUAGGAGAUUCACAGUGUAGGGCGAUACUUAUUCAGAGAUCAUCAAGUAAAGAUGAUGAAGAAGUUAGUGAAGCUGGAGCGGAAGGGGAAGAAGAGAAAGAAAAUGUAGUUUACAUUAUUUCUGAUGAUGUUCGUUUCACAAAUCCUAAAGUUAACAGUAUUGUCAUUAUCAAAACUUCAUCAGUCAUUGAGGCUGAAAAACGAAUAGUAUCACAGGUACGAGUAAUGAAUCUGAAUGAUGCAUCACCAUAUGAAACUCUUCAUUCUUAUGUCAGCAGUGCUGUUGCACCUUAUUUCAAAUCUUAUGUACGAGAAACUGGAAGAGCUGAGAGAGAUGGUGAUAAGAUGGCUCCAACGGUGGAAAAAAAGAUUGCUGAGUUGGAAAUGGGUUUACUUCAUUUGCAACAAAAUAUUGACAUUCCAGAAAUUACUCUACUCAUUCACCCAUCUGUGGCUAACACAAUAAAAAAAGCAAGUGAAGAAGGAAGAAAAGCCACUGUCAAUGACUUUGGUGAUAAAGUUGAAGAUUCAACUUUUCUGAACCAAUUGCAAAAUGGAGUCAAUCGCUGGAUUCGAGAGAUACAAAAGGUCACUAAACUGGAUAGAGAUCCAUCAUCUGGUACAGCUCUUCAGGAAAUUAGCUUCUGGUUAAAUCUCGAGCGUGCUUUGUUGAGAAUUCAAGAGAAACGUGAAAGUCCUGAAGUCGCUCUCACUCUUGAUAUAUUAAAAAAGGGAAAACGUUUCCAUGCAACAGUCAGUUUUGAUACUGAUACAGGUUUGAAGCAAGCUUUGGCUACUGUGAAUGAUUACAAUCCACUUAUGAAAGAUUUCCCAUUGAAUGAUUUACUGUCUGCAACUGAAUUAGACAAGAUUAGAACUGCAUUAGGAGCAAUAUUCUUUCAUUUGAGAAAAAUCCGUAGUACUAAGUACCCCAUACAGAGAGCUUUACGUUUGGUUGAAGCAAUAUCACGGGACUUGAAAUCGCAGUUGUUGAAGGUUCUAGGAACUAGAAGAUUAAUGCAUAUUCCUUUUGAGGAGUUUGAAAAAGUUUUAAAUGCAUGUUUUGAAGUUUUUAGCACUUGGGAUGAUGAGUAUGAUAAACUACAAGGGUUAUUACGAGAUAUUGUGAAAAAGAAGAGGGAUGAGCAUUUGAAAAUGAUAUGGCGUGUGAGUCCAGAACAUAAAAAGUUGCAAAGCAGAAUGGAGCAAAUGAGAAAAUUUAGGAGACAGCAUGAACAGCUUCGCACUGUAAUUGUUCGUGUUUUAAGACCUUCUGUAGUGCCUAGGCCUCAGCAAUCAAUUGGAACACCUGUAACUGAAGAUUCAUCUGAGUCAAAGACCGAUUCUCUUGAUGCUGCUGAUGUUAAUGCCAUUGAGGAAGUAAAUCUGGCUUAUGAAAAUGUUAAAGAAGUAGAUGGACUAGAUUUAUCAAAAGAAGGCACAGAUGCAUGGGAGGCAUCUCUAAGAAGAUAUGAAGAAAGAAUUGAUAGGGUUGAAACACGUAUCACAGCUAGACUUCGAGAUCAGCUAGGCACAGCAAAAAAUGCAAAUGAAAUGUUCCGCAUAUUUUCUCGAUUCAAUGCUUUAUUUGUGAGACCUCAUAUUCGAGGGGCCAUUCGGGAAUAUCAGACUCAGCUUAUUCAGAGAGUAAAGGAUGAUAUUGCUGCGCUUCAUGAAAAAUUCAAAGUCCAGUACCCACAAAGUAAAGCUUGCAGGAUGAGCAGAGUUCGAGAUUUGCCACCUGUUGCUGGUUCCAUUAUAUGGGCUAAACAAAUUGAUAGGCAGUUGUCAGUGUACAUGAAAAGGGUAGAAGACGUUUUAGGCAAAGGAUGGGAAAAUCAUGUUGAAGGGCAAAAGUUAAAAGCAGAUGCGGAUAGUUUUCGAGUAAAAUUAAAUACACAGGGCAUUUUUGAUGACUGGUCAAAAAUGGUUAGUCAGCGUCAGUUAGGUGUCUCUGGGAGAAUAUUUACCAUUGACAAUAUUCGAUCUAGGGCUGGUAAAGGAAAUCUUCUUAAAUUGAGAAUAAAUUUUUUGCCUGAAAUCAUUACUCUUGCUAAAGAGGUGCGGAAUUUGCGUUGGUUGGGAUUCAGAGUACCAUUGGCAAUUAUAAAUAAAGCUCAUCAAGCAAACCAACUCUAUCCAUUUGCUAUAUCUCUUAUUGAAAGUGUCAGAACUUAUGAAAGAACCUGUGAAAAGGUUGAAGAUAGACCAUCUGUAGUUCUUCUAGUUGCUGGAUUGAAAAGGGAUGCCCAAAGUUUAAUCAUGGAGGGUCUUAGUUUGAUAUGGGAGUCUUAUAAAUUGGAUCCUUAUGUGCAGCGUUUAGCUGAAAAUGUCUUCACAUUUCAAGAGAAGGUUGAAGAUCUUUUGUCCAUAGAGGAACAGAUUGAUAUAGAUGUUCGUUCUCUUGAAACCUGUGCAUAUAGUACAAGUGUUUUUGCAGAUAUUCUGAAUAAAAUUCAGAAGGCAGUAGAUGAUCUCAGUCUCCAUCAAUAUUCAAAUCUUCAUCUGUGGGUGAGCAAGCUAGAUGAAGAAGUAGAAAAGAAGUUGUCUCUACGACUCGAAGCUGGAAUUAAAGCUUGGACAAAAGCUUUAGAGGGGAAAAAUCAGCAAGAAACAGAUUUCGCUGAUACUGAUACUACUACUGCCCAUAAACCUGGAGGUGAUCCCCAAAUACAGACUCUUAUUCAUGAAAUUCGUAUUACUAAUCAAGUGAUAUAUGUAAAUCCUAGCGUUGAGGAAGCUCGUUUUAAUAUAAUACAGCAACUGUUUGCCUGGGAAAAUGUUGUUUUGCUUCAAACUAGAAUUCAAAGUUCCCGAUAUCAAGUUGGACUUGAUCGUCCUGUUUCUGAAACUUAUCGAAAUUUGCUAGUGAAAAUGCCCGAUGGUGCAGCCACUUUAGAAUCGGCUUAUCAUGCUAUUGAAGAUAAAAUUCAACAAAUGGACACUUAUGUUAAAGAAUGGCUUCGUUAUCAAGCAUUAUGGGAUCUUCAGCCAGAAGCUGUGUACUCAAAGCUUGGUGAAAAUAUCAGUCGUUGGAUGAAUACUCUGGUUGAAAUUAAAAAGUCCAGAACAACGUUUGACACAACUGAUGUGCGCAAGGAAAUUGGACCAAUAAUCAUAGAGUAUGCAAAAGUUCAAUCAAAAGUAUCAUUGAAGUAUGAUUCUUGGCAUAAAGAUGUUCUUGGGAAAUUUGGAUCUCUUUUGGGUAAUGAAAUGGCUGCUUUUCAUACAACUAUUUCAAAAUCACGAAGUGAUUUGGAACAACAGUCUAUUGAAACAGAUUCCACAUCAGAUGCUGUUACAUUUAUCACUUAUGUGCAGUCUUUAAAAAAGAAGAUGAAAGUUUGGGAUAAAAAAGUUGAGCUGUACAAAGAAGGUCAAAGAAUUCUUGAGAGGCAACGAUUCCAGUUUCCAAAUUCUUGGCUCCAUGUUGAUAAUGUGGAAGGAGAAUGGUCAGCAUUUAAUGAAAUCAUUCGUCGAAAAGAUUGUGCAAUACAAGUUCAAGUAGCAAGUUUGCAAGUUAAGAUAGUGGCUGAAGAUAAAGCUGUUGAAGCUCGUACAAAUGAUGUGCUAGUUGAGUGGGAAAAAUCAAAACCAGUUGAAGGUUCUCUCCGACCUCAAGAAGCAAUGGGUCACCUUUCAAUUUUUGAAUCAAAAUUCAGUCGGCUGAAAGAAGAUAGAGAUAAUGUAAUGCGUGCUAAAGAAGCACUGGAACUGCAAGAACCAGGUAUCCUUAGUGCAACUGAUGAACGACUUCAGGUUGCAUUAGAAGAAUUACAAGAUUUGAAAGGUGUCUGGUCAGAGCUUGCCAAAAUAUGGGAUCAGAUAGAUCAAAUGAAGGAACAGUCAUGGCUAUCAGUGCAGCCAAGAAAACUGAGACAACAUCUUGAUGGAUUAUUAAACCAACUUAAAGAGCUUCCUGCAAGAUUACGGCAAUAUGCUUCAUAUGAAUAUGUCAAGAGGACGCUACAAAAUUUUACAAAGGUUAACAUGUUGAUAGUUGAACUGAAAUCUGAUGCACUAAAGGAAAGACACUGGAAACAACUGAUGAAACAGCUGAGAGUGAACUGGGUGCUUUCUGAUCUAACACUAGGUCAAGUAUGGGAUAUAGAUCUGCAGAGAAAUGAAUCCAUUAUCAAAGGCGUCAUAUUAGUAGCGCAAGGAGAAAUGGCCUUGGAAGAAUUUCUGAAGCAGGUGAGAGAAGCAUGGCAAAAUUAUGAAUUGGAUCUUGUCAGUUAUCAAAACAAAUGCCGUUUAAUUAAAGGGUGGGAUGAUCUAUUUACAAAAGUAAAGGAACACAUAAAUUCAGUUGCUGCUAUGAAGUUAUCCCCAUAUUAUAAGGAGUUUGAGGAAGAUGCAUUAGCAUGGGAAGAAAAAUUAAAUCGCAUCAAUGCUUUAUUUGAUGUCUGGAUUGAUGUUCAGAGACGUUGGGUUUACUUGGAAGGCAUUUUUUCUGGUAGUGCUGAUAUUCAGACCCUCCUUCCUGUUGAGACUUCACGAUUUCAAAGUAUCAGUGCUGAAUUUUUAACUCUAAUGAAAAAAGUCACCAAAUCACCUCUUGUCAUGGAUGUUUUGAACAUUCCUGGAGUUCAGCGUUCGUUAGAAAGACUGGCUGAUUUGUUAGGAAAGAUCCAAAAGGCUUUGGGAGAGUACUUAGAAAGAGAAAGGUCUUCCUUUCCCAGGUUUUAUUUUGUGGGUGAUGAAGAUUUACUUGAAAUUAUUGGAAACAGUAAAAAUAUUCCCAGACUACAGAAGCAUUUCAAGAAAAUGUUUGCUGGUGUUGCUGCUAUUAUAUUAGAUGAAGAUGAUACAGUUGUUACAGGAAUAGCAUCCAAAGAAGGAGAAGAAGUUAUAUUUACAAACCGAGUAUCAAUAAAAGAGCACCCUAAAAUUAAUGAAUGGCUAACUUUAGUUGAAAAAGAAAUGAGGAUGACUUUAGCAACUCUUUUGGCAUCUGCAGUUUCAAACAUUGGUCCAUUUAAAGGUGGAUCCAUCGAUCAGAAGGCAUACAUGAGUUGGGUAGAUGACUAUCAGUCUCAAAUAGUUGUUUUAGCUGCACAGAUUUCAUGGUCAGAAGAUGUUGAAAGUGCAUUACAUGCUAUUGCUAAUGCAGGUGAUAGCAAUUUAAAACCUUUAGAAGAAGUAUUAGCAGCAGUAGAAUCAACUUUGACUGUCUUGGCUGAUUCUGUUCUUCAGGAGCAACCACCACUCAGGCGUAAAAAAUUGGAGCAUUUAAGACAGAGAGAUUAAAGGGUUGGAACUUAUGACAGUGGAGAAUAUGUAGCACAUUUGGCUGACUGAUGCCACUUCUUAUAAUUUUCCAGGAACUAAUUUGCAGAUCUACUGCACUAGAAAUUAAAA